UUGGGCAAGCAUGGUGCCCAGCGCGACUCCCAUGAUAGAGCCAACAGUAUUUGCUGGGUGUGAACAGACGGGGGAGCUGAGGGAUGCUCAGAAUCUUGUCCUGAGCCAGUGGGCAAACUCUAAGUGCAUCCUGAUGUCUGGUGUCCUAGAGAGGACAGAUUCCAGUACUGAGGAGACACUGUAUUCUCAGGAGCACGUUUCUGACAAAUCAGACAGCAGUGCCAGUGGCUGUGCUGGUGAUGUUUCUCGGUCUCCAAAGCGAGGGUGCUGUGAUGAAGUGUGAGGAAGAAACUGGAAUGUCUCUGAAGGUGAGAGCCUGGUACAGCCCCUCUACUGGGAGGGAGACGGCACACCAGUGACCGUGUUCCUUAAGGGCCCCUUAGGGGAGAAAGGUCUGAUUUGUAAUGGUUUUGACAAAAACUUCAGUUUGAGCCCAAGUCCAUUAGUGUGUCAGGGAAUCUCUGCAGAAGAGAGGCCACAUCCACACUACACUCCAGAGAACUUACAGCACAAUAGAGACCUGACUGGCCAGGAGGGGCUUCCUACGCUUGAGAGCCCUGGGUGUAGGAAAACGUUCAAAGGAAACCUUGGCCUUGUUCAGCAUCAGAGAGCCAGCGUUGGAGAGAAAUCUUUCAUCUGUUCAGAAUGUGGGAAAUCUAUUAGCCAGAACUCUGUUCUUUAAAACCACUUGCAACCUUACCUAAAUAUGAAAACCUUCAGCCAGAACUCAAGCCUUAAAUGCCAAAAGUCUCCUGUGGUUGAGAAGAAGCCUUAUGAAUGCGGCGAAUGUGGGAAGGCAUUUAGGUGGCGCUCAAACCUCAACCAACAUCAAAGAAUCCAUUCUGAAGAAAAGCCUUACGCAUGCAGCCGGUGUGGGAAGGCCUUCAGGCGGAGCUCACACCUCACUAAACACCACAGGACUCACACUGCUGAGAAGCCUUUCGAGUGCGAUGAGUGUGGUAAAGUCUUUAGCCAGAGUGCAUACCUCCGGAAGCAUCAGAGGGUUCACACCGAGGAGAAGUCCUAUGGGUGUAAUGACUGUGGCAAGUCAUUCAGCCGCCUCCCGAAUCUCAUCAAGCAUCAGAGGGUCCACACCGGAGAGAAGCCUUACCUGUGCAGAGACUGUGGGAAGGCCUUCAGCCAGAGCUCCAGCCUCACCCAGCACCGGAGAAUCCACACUGGAGAGAAGCCUCACGUGUGCAGUGAGUGCGGGAGAACCUUUAGUUACAGCUCUGUGCUCAGGAAGCACCAGCUCAUUCACACCGGCGAGAAGCCCUACAGGUGCAGUGUCUGUGGGAAGGCCUUCCGGCACGGCUCAGCCCUCACCCAGCAUCAAGGUGUGCACACUGGAGACAAGCCCUACGAGUGCCACGAGUGUGGAAAGACCUUCAGCCGGAGUUCCAACCUCAUCCUUCACCAUCGAGUCCACACUGGAGAGAAACCUUAUGAAUGUACUGACUGUGGGAAAACCUUCAGCCAGAGCUCCACCCUCCUUCAGCACCAGAGGACCCACAACGGGUUAAAGCCACAUGAAUGUAACCAGUGUGGCAAAGCCUUCAACCGGAGCUCCAAUCUUAUCCACCACCAGAAAGUCCACACUGGGGAGAAGCCCUACACGUGUGUUGAAUGUGGGAAGGGCUUCAGCCAGAGCUCACAUCUCAUUCAGCACCGCAUAAUCCACACUGGAGAUAGGCCCUAUCAGUGCUGCAAGUGUGGGAAAGCCUUCAGCCAGCGGUCGGUCCUUACCCAGCACCUCAGCCUUCACACUGGCCUGAAGCAGCGGUCCAAGCUGGCUAAACACCAGUUAAUUCAUACAAAGGAGUAGCCUGGAGGCGGGGAGGAGGAAAGCUGAGCCUCGGUUCCUCUCUGAUUCUUCUGGCCCUUGUUUUAGUCAGCCUUCCUCUUCCUAGACUUGAAGCCAGGCUCACUGUUUUUUAUGCCCAGCUGCCACAAAACCUGGAGCCCUCCUUUGAAACAUCCUACAGGGGUCCCUUUUGCUGUUGCUGCCAACUUGGGACCUCUCUCUGCAUUCUGUUGUCUUUCUGGUUUGAAAACAGACUCGUGCUGGCUAAAAGGAAGACAUGACAAGACAUCCAUGUUCACAGCUUAUUCCUGUAAUCUAAAGGUACAGAAAUAGGUCAUGUGACCUUUGGCUGGAAAGAACCUCAGUAAUUCUUUCAUCUAGCAUUUAGUCAUAGGGGAUGAGUUCUGAUUUAGUAUUUACUACUGAUAUUUUGUUUACAACUGAAUGUAAGGGUCCAGUUGCCAUCUUCUCUGGCGGUGUUGCUCCACGUCCUCUCUCUCCCAUCCUGUACCUUAACCAGACCUACAGUCAGCUUAGCCGCCGCCGCCGCCACCUCCUCCUCCUCCUCCCUGCUCUGCUGUGCCUUAUGGAGCAGGACCCAGAAGCAGCUCUCUUCAUAGCGCGUCUCCUCCCCCACAGGUUUCCAGGCCAUCUUUCCACACAUGUAUCCACCAUCGUUUUCGGAGUACAUUCUUUCUGUUCUGUCUCAGGAGCCCAGAUAUCCAGAAAUGAGCUCACUGGACUAUAGGAGGACUUCUGGUGCUUAGAGAAAAGCUAGCUUCCUUGGGAACUUGUGAAACCCUUUCCCAUCAGCCAAAAGGAGCCACUUCCCUUACCUCUGGCAGAAGGGACAUAUAGCUCUGAAAGACAAGGACCUGUGGCUGCAGAUCAAAGGCCGGCUUCCUCCGUCCCUACUCAGUUAGUGGUUGUUCUACACUUCAGAGACCAGCUCUCUUACACUCCCCGACUCCUGAUGUUCUCACUAUUCUCUCCUCCUAUGCUCUGUCCUCUCUCUCUCUCUCUCUCUCUCUCUCUCUCUCGCUCUCGCUCUCGCUCUCGCUCUCGCUCUCCCUCGCUCCCUCGCUCUCUCUCCGUCUCCACUGUUCUCUCCCUCUGCCCUAACUCUGGUCGUGUCUCGGCUGCUGCAUUCUCUUUCUCUCCACUCUGGACUCCUCCGGAUGCCUCUGGAUAUUUUCUCUCUCUCUCUCAC